UAACAGCAUUGAUAAUAAUAUUUUAAUUUCAAUUUAGGCUUUAUAGGUGUGUCUGUCUGUAUCUCUCCCUUCAUUAUCAUUCAGGGGAGCCGAGAUGCAGUCAGCCAUUAGCAUCUUACUGCUUGCAGCCUGUGUGUUCGCGGAGCACUCUUGGCUCCGGAGUCAUAGCGUGCGUCCGGUAAAAGCCGUUGCUUGCAAUUCUCCUUACAUCGAGAUCGGUGGCCGCUGCCUCAUGGUUGACUCCGUGACGAAAGGAACCUGGGCUGACAUGCGGGGUAUAUGUCAGCUGCUCAACGGCGACCUGGUGAAGAUCGAUUCCUUGGAAAUCAUGAGCGCCAUCGUGGAGUACAUCAAAAACAGCGACUUCCCCGACAGCAGCUUCUGGGUGGGCGCCAACGACGAGGGCAACGAGGGCGCGUGGACGUGGCCGGACGGCACGCCUGUGAUCAUGGGCUUUCCCCUGUGGGACCAGUGCACGAGCCAGCAGCCGGACGGCGACCAGAACCAGAACUGUGCCAUCAUGGCGGCCGAAUCCUGCUUCUUCCUCCACGAUGUCCUCUGCGAUUCUCAGUAUUAUGGGAUCUGUGAGGGGCAGUAGGACACUCGAGAUGCCGGUGGACUCAUAGAAAUGUCUUCGUCAAAGAGAUACGUGUCUCUGAGGUGUAUUUCCUUCUCACUGAUUUUGUGGUUUCUUUUUUCUUUAUCUUUUUCUGUAACUUGCCUGGCCAUUGGUUUGUCUCUACUUGUCUGUCAUAUUAGCUAUCGAUUUAUGGUAAUAUAUCCACGCUAAUCUGUCAUUAUAAUGCGGUAAGGACUAUGUGUAAAGUUUCCCCUCUGCC